GCGGCGCUGCCGGCCGAGGGCCCGGGGUGCGGCGGGCGCGCCAUGGAGUGACGGAAGAUGUCUGUGGAUUCCUCGGUGGGAUCAGAGGGCACGUGGACUGUCACCAGGAGACCCCAAGAAUAGCAGCAGGGAUGGAUGAGCAGGCUCUUUUAGGGCUAAAUCCAAAUGCUGAUUCAGACUUCAGGCAAAGGGCCGUGGCCUAUUUUGAGCAGCUGAAGAUUUCCCCAGACGCCUGGCAGGUGUGUGCUGAAGCCCUAGCCCAGAGGACGUACAGUGAUGAUCACAUAAAAUUUUUCUGCUUUCAAGUACUAGAACAUCAAGUUAAAUACAAAUAUUCCGAACUAACUGCUGUUCAACAACAGCUAAUUAGGGAGACACUCAUAUCUUGGCUUCAAGCGCAGAUGCUGAAUCCCCAACCGGAGAAGACCUUUAUACGAAAUAAAGCUGCCCAAGUCUUCGCCUUGCUUUUUGUUACAGAGUAUCUCACUAAAUGGCCCAAGUUUUUUUUUGACAUUCUGUCAGUGGUGGAUCUAAAUCCAAGGGGAGUGGAUCUGUACCUCCGAAUCCUCAUGGCUGUUGAUUCGGAGUUGGUAGAUCGUGAUGUGGUGCAUACCUCAGAGGAAGCUCGUAGGAAUACGCUAAUAAAAGAUACCAUGCGGGAGCAGUGCAUUCCGAACCUGGUAGAAUCGUGGUAUCAAAUCCUGCAGAAUUACCAGUAUACUAACUCAGAAGUGACGUGUCAGUGCCUUGAAGUAGUUGGGGCUUAUGUCUCCUGGAUAGACUUAUCCCUUAUAGCCAAUGAGAGGUUUAUAAAUAUGCUGCUAGGUCAUAUGUCAGUAGAAGUUCUACGAGAAGAAGCAUGUGACUGUUUAUUUGAAAUUGUAAAUAAAGGAAUGGAUCCUGUUGAUAAAAUGAAACUAGUAGAGUCUUUGUGUCAAGUAUUACAGUCUGCUGGGUUUUUCAGCAUUGACCAGGAAGAAGAUGUUGACUUCCUGGCCAGGUUUUCUAAACUGGUGAAUGGAAUGGGGCAGUCACUAAUAGUUAGCUGGACUAAGUUAAUUAAGAAUGCAGAUCUCAAGAAUGCGCACGACGCACUACAAGCAAUUGAGACAAAAGUGGCACUGAUGUUGCAACUGCUGAUUCAUGAGGAUGAUGACAUCUCUUCAAACAUUAUUGGAUUUUGUUAUGAUUAUCUUCAUAUUUUGAAACAGCUUACAGUGCUCUCAGAUCAGCAAAAAGCUAAUGUAGAGGCAAUCAUGUUGGCCGUUAUGAAAAAAUUGACUUAUGAUGAAGAAUAUAACUUUGAAAAUGAGGGUGAAGAUGAAGCCAUGUUUGUAGAAUAUCGGAAACAGCUGAAGUUACUGCUGGACAGGCUUGCUCAGGUGUCACCAGAGUUACUGCUGGCUUCUGUGCGCAGAGUUUUUAGUUCCACACUGCAGAACUGGCAGACGACACGGUUCAUGGAAGUGGAAGUGGCAAUCAGGCUGCUGUACAUGCUGGCAGAGGCGCUCCCUGUCUCUCACGGCGCCCACUUCUCAGGGGAUGUUUCCAAAGCUAGUGCUUUGCAGGACAUGAUGCGAACCUUGGUAACAUCAGGAGUAAGUUCCUAUCAGCAUACAUCUGUGACAUUGGAGUUCUUUGAAACUGUUGUUAGAUAUGAAAAGUUUUUCACAGUUGAACCUCAACACAUUCCAUGUGUGCUAAUGGCUUUUUUAGAUCAUAGGGGCCUGCGGCAUUCUAGUGCGAAAGUACGGAGCCGAACUGCCUACCUGUUUUCUAGGUUUGUCAAAUCUCUCAAUAAACAAAUGAAUCCUUUCAUUGAGGAUAUUCUGAAUAGAAUACAAGAUUUAUUAGAGCUUUCUCCGCCUGAAAAUGGUUACCAGUCUCUGUUGAGCAGCGAUGACCAACUCUUUAUUUAUGAGACAGCUGGAGUGCUGAUUGUUAAUAGUGAAUACCCUGCAGAGCGGAAGCAAGCAUUGAUGAGAAAUCUGUUGACUCCACUUAUGGAGAAGUUUAAAAUUCUAUUAGAAAAAUUGCUGUUGGCACAAGAUGAAGAGAGACAGGCAUCACUGGCAGACUGUCUCAACCAUGCCGUUGGGUUUGCCAGUCGAACCAGCAAAGCUUUCAGCAACAAGCAGACUGUGAAACAAUGCGGCUGCUCUGAAGUGUACUUGGACUGCUUGCAGACGUUCCUGCCAGCCCUCAGCUGUCCGCUGCAGAAGGACGCGCUCCGGGGUGGGGUCCGCACUUUCCUCCACCGCAUGAUUAUCUGCCUAGAGGAGGAGGUUCUUCCGUUCAUCCCAUCCGCCUCAGAGCACAUGCUCAAGGACUGUGAAGCCAAGGACCUCCAGGAGUUCAUUCCUCUCAUUAACCAGAUUACAGCCAAAUUCAAGGUACAGGUAUCACCGUUUUUACAACAAAUGUUCAUGCCGCUCCUUCAUGCGAUUUUUGAAGCAUUGCUCCGACCAGCAGAAGAAAAUGACCAGUCUGCGGCUUUAGAGAAGCAGAUGUUGCGGAGAAGUUACUUUGCUUUCUUGCAAACUGUCACAGGCAGUGGAAUGAGCGAAGUCAUAGCAAACCAAGGUGCAGAGAAUGUGGAACGUGUGCUGGUUACCGUCAUCCAGGGAGCAGUCGAAUAUCCAGAUCCAAUUGCACAGAAAACCUGUUUUAUCAUCCUUUCAAAGCUGGUAGAACUCUGGGGUGGUAAAGAUGGACCAGUGGGAUUCGCUGAUUUUGUCUAUAAGCACAUUGUGCCCGCCUGUUUCCUAGCUCCUUUGAAACAGACCUUUGACCUGGCGGACGCACAGACAGUGCUGGCCUUAUCAGAGUGUGCAGUGACACUGAAAACCAUUCAUCUCAAACGGGGCCCAGAAUGUGUUCAGUAUCUUCAACAAGAAUACCUGCCUUCCUUGCAGGUGGCUCCAGAGAUAAUUCAGGAGUUUUGCCAAGCACUUCAGCAGCCUGAUGCUAAAGUUUUCAAAAAUUACUUAAAGGUGUUCUUCCAGAGAGCGAAGCCCUAAGGGUGGAUCUUCCCUGUGCCUACUUCAUGAGGAAUUCCAGUUUAUAAUUUAUAAAGAAACAAUUUUUGUGUGCCAUUCGCACUUGGUCUCUUUAACAUUGCUUUGAGCUUAUUGCAGUAUAUGUCUUGGGGUUUUCUGUAACAUGGGUGUAAUUUUACCUAAAUACAGGUAUGUGACAACAAAUUAGUUGCUUGCAUGCCAAUUCAAAUUGUUCUAUAUAAAAAAUGCUGUUAAAAGAUACAGAAGAAUUAUUCUAGUACCUUUUUUGUUUUUACUUGAAACUUCUAAGUCCUUUAUAAAGAUCAUAGCAGGAAGCAGGAAAACAGUGUACUUUUUUUUAAUUGCUGAAUAUAAAACAUUUGAAAAUUUUCAUUUUCUUCUGUGUGCAGACUCUCAAAGUAUGGGGGGGAAUACAACAAUCGAAACUACUUUUUUGUAGAUAGCCAUUACAUUUCUUUUAACCGUUUCAAUGCCAAUGUGUAUUCUACAAAAGAGAAUGGUUUCAUAAAGUAACUGAUUUCAGAGUAGGUGCCGGUGUUACACAUUUUUUAUAAAAAAAAAAAAGUAAUAAAUUUUAUGUAGUGAAA